AUGGAAGUGCACAGAUUCAACGCGCUGAGGGACAAUUAUGGAUUCGCGAUUCGUUGCGCCGAGACGGGAGAGACGGCGAUCGUGGACGCGCCGAGCGUCGCGGACGUCGUUCGUGCGUUUAAGAGCGAGAUUCCGACGUGGCGGGCGCCGUCGACGAUUUUGGUGACGCACUGGCACGACGACCACGCGGGCGGGUGCGACGGCUUGCGAGACGCGUUCGGGUCGGUAUCGGAUAUCAAAGUCAUCGCUCCGAAGCGGGAGAUGGGGAAGAUCAGUGCGAGAGUCGAUCGAUGGGUAAGCGAUGGCGAUGUGGUAUCAGUGGGUGAUCUUCGAGCAACGGUUUUGGAGACUCCGGGACACACGCUCGGCCACGCGAUAUAUCACUUUGCGGAUGACGGGCACGUCUUCGUCGGCGACACGCUCUUCGCGCUCGGGUGUGGGAGAUUGUUCGAGGGUACACCGGAGCAGAUGUGGUCCAGUGUGUCGAAAAUACUUGCGAUGUCGGACGAGACCAAGGUGUGGUGCGCGCACGAGUACACGCAAGCAAAUGCAAAGUUUGCAUUGAGCGUGGAUCCGGAGAACGCGGCACUCGUCGCUCGGGCGAAGGAGAUCGCGGCACAGCGCGAGCGCGGCGAGUCCACUAUUCCAACCACGGUGGGUGACGAGCGUCGAACGAAUCCGUUCUGUCGUCCCGACAGCGAGGACGUGCAAAGAGGUGUGAACAUGCUGAGAGGCGCUAACCUCGCUUCGGUGUUCGGUGCCAUACGCGCAGCCAAAGAUAAAUUUUAG